AUGGUCUCUGGCUUCACCACCAGCAGGUUGAAGCGGUGUGCUGCGGUGGAGAAGGUUUGCUGGUCCGGUUUAGGUCAGCGUGAGGAAGACUUGGAUAAGCUAAUUGUGCGGGAUGAAGAGUUCAGGCAGCCUGCAUGUGACAGGCGCACUGAUGAGGCAGCUGUGCCGUUAUACUCCACUGACGAAGAUACAAAGUCGGAUAAAUCAAGGGUCUUUAUCAUGCUAAAUGACGACCCAACUUCCUUUGUUGUCGAUGAAGUUAGUAGCAUCAUCAAAGAGGCCAUAGAAAGCGCGAUAGGCGGCAAUGCCUACCAGCACAGCAAAGUGAACCAGUGGACAACAAGUGUGGUGGAACAAACACUAAGCCAACUCACAAAGCUGGGGAAGCCUUUCAAGUAUAUUGUGACCUGUGUGAUUAUGCAAAAGAAUGGUGCCGGGCUACAUACAGCAAGCUCUUGCUUCUGGGACAACUCCAGUGAUGGAACCUGCACUGUGAGAUGGGAGAAUAAGACUAUGUACUGUAUUGUCAGUGCCUUUGGACUUGCAAUAUAAUGGCCUUGGAAUCAUUCAUCCUUCUCUUUUCUACUCCAGCACUUGAUUCCGUCUCUACUCAAACUGUGAAUACACUGAACAACUUCUGGUUUUAAUGUACUUUUUAAGUAACUUUUUUCAAACAUAGAAAUGUGAAAAUGUGUUGGUUUAUGAUUUAUGUUUGUAUUUAGUGUUGUACCAGUGUUGCCAUACUGUCUUAACACUUCAAGAACUUCUCUUCAAGGUGCUAAUACUGAAAUCUGCUGCAGUGUAAACACUUUCUCUAGAUUUCUUUUUUCAAGACCAAUAUAAAUGAGACACCGACUUUCACACUUUGUACUCUUGGUUUGCAUUAAAUUAUUGAAAUUCAUAA